CUAACUCUUCUAGCAGAUGAUAUAAAACACCAGCCAAGCAAAAUUGGUUCUUCUUAUGUUUUUUUUGCUUCGAAUCGAAGUAAUGUAGGUAGCAAAUCCGAUUAUCGUUGCUGUUAUUCGAUUAUUAUGUUGCCACUGGCCUAUGCUAUGGUUAUGAUUUCAUAAAUAUUUGUAGCAGUUUUUUUAUUCCCUUCCUAAUUUCAGCUCAAUUUUGGUGUCAAUGCCAUGGAUCAAAGCAUUAUCACUCCAUCAUCUCCCGAUUCUCCAUUUCCGCGGCUUGCAACAAUACUGCUCGUCAAACCAAGAGCAGCAUCUCCUCUCCCUCCUUCACCGCCAUCCACAACUUCGCCCUUCCCUCCAACUCCAUUCUUACCUCGUCACUUCUGGCCUUCACCGCCAUAGCAUUAGCCGCAGUGGCAUCCUUCUCUGGAACACCCUCAUCUACCGCUACUCUUUAGGCUCUUCUCCACUUAAAGCCCUCAAUAUCUACCAACACAUGCUCGCCUUCUGCGCUGCGGACCUACCAACCGACUCCUUCACCUUCUCCUUUCUCAUCAAGGCCUGUGCUGCAGCCUCCUUAGUUUCUCCAUCCGGUGUCCAACUUCACUCUCUUGUUCUCAAAAACGGCUUCGCAUUCGAUGUCUAUGUUCACACUGCUUUGCUCAACAUGUACUCCUGCUAUGGAUCUAUAGACAAUGCUCACAAGGUGUUCGAUGAAAUGCCUGCAAGAAGUUUGGUUUCUUGGAAUGCGAUGAUCACUGGUUUUAGCAAAUGGGGAGAGAUGGAGAUGGCAAUGUCAGUUUUUGCACAAAUGCCGAACCGUAAUGUGAUCUCCUGGACUGGAUUGAUCGAUGGAUAUACCCGGACUAAGAAACCAGAGGAAGCUGUCAAUCUCUUUAGGGAAAUGGCAGUCCAAGGCAUAAGCCCUUCGGAGAUCACUGUUUUAGUCAUCAUCCCUGCCAUAACAAACCUUGGGGCACUUGACAUUGGAAAAACGCUGCAUGCUUAUUGUGUGAAGGGGGGAAUUGAUUUGCUUGACAUCCGAAUCCAGAAUUCUCUGAUUGAUAUGUAUGCAAAGUGUGGCUCGAUUGAGAACUCAGUUCAGGUUUUUGAGCAGAUGGGUGGAAGAAGCAAUUUGAUUUCGUGGACUUCAAUCAUAUCAGGCUUUGCAAUGCAUGGCAUGGCAAAGGAAGCAGUUCUAUUUUUUGAGAAGAUGGGGAGAGAGAAGAUAAAGCCAAACCGGGUCACCUUUCUCAGUCUGUUGAAUGCUUGUAGCCAUGGAGGGUUGGUAGAGGAGGGUGUGAGGUUCUUCACGCUGAUGGUGAAUGGGUAUGGUGUUGAGCCAGAGAUGAAGCAUUACAGUUGUUUGAUUGACAUGCUAGGGAGGGCGGGGAAGCUGCGAGAGGCAGAGGAGGUGAUUGCUGGGUUGCAGGUGGAGGUGAAUUCCGUAGUGUGGAGAACAUUGUUGGGUUGCUGUAGCAAGCAUGGAGAGAUAGAGAUGGGGGAGAGGGUGUUAAGGAGGAUAAUGGAGUUGGAGAGAGAGUUUGGAGGGGAUUAUGUUGUUUUUUCUAAUAUGCUCACAGAGGCUGGUAGGUUUGUUGAUGCUGAGACUGUGAGGAGAUUGUUGGAUGAUAGAAAUGCCGUGAAAAUUCCUGGCCUUAGUCAUGGUUGAGACAAGCUAUUCUAAGUAAUUUCGUUUUCUGGACAUGCACACACAUAGAUGAAACUAUCUAUUUCUUAAGGAUUAAAACGGACCAGAAUUAUCAUGUAUGGAAGUUGUGCAAAUAAGUUGACAUAGAACAGAUUUAACAGUCCAAGCUGGGAUACAUUGAGUAAACAAAGAAUUUGAUUCAUGAUAUUGGCGCCAAAUAGUUGGAUAAGAUUAAUAAUGAAGAUUAUGAAGUUGAUGACGAUGAUGGUGAGGACCUUCCUUUAAAGGAUGAAAAUGUGUGGGCUAGCUACAAAAUUAUGAACUCCUCCAAGCGAGCAAUUUAAAGUAGGACAUAGAAAUCAUACUCAAAUUUGAGACCUCUUUUAUUCUGCUUGAGCUAGUGCUCAUUGGUAAUGAUGAUAAAAGUUGAGUAUAUCACUUUACUGAAUGCAGAAUCGCAAUUGAAGAUCUUUGCUUGUCAAUGCAAAUAUCUAGAUAGCCCACCCUAAAUGAAGAAAAGUUAAAUUCCUGGAUCAGCUAGCUAACAAGCAUUUUUACCCUCUUAUAGUUAUAAUAGUGAAGAUGAAGUCACCUUGCAUGAUUAUAAAUUAUACCAAGGAGUUCCAUUGCCAAUCGGGCUCUUAAAAUGUUCUUAGAUCACCAAUGCAAACGAGUAUGCUAUGACGCUUGCUAAUAGUGCAACUGUCAAGACUCGAGAACGCACGUUGGAUUGCUGUGGCUAUUCAAAUAGAGAAUGGAGCCUUCAUUUAUAGCACAAGAAAGAUCUAUCAGGAUUAUUUACGAGCCCGGCUCUAGCAGGCUUAUCCCAAUGAAUUCGAACCUAUUCAAGCGGGCAAAAAGUCUAUGCCAUCUAUAUGCUUACAAAGGAUUACUUGGCUGUGUUAAAAAAAUUAUAGAUUCACUUUCUUAUGAUAUUUUGAAAUCAAAUUAAGCCUGCGACGAGGUAGAAGUUGUGAGGCACGUGACAAA